AUGAGUCAACCACCAUAAGCAUCAUAAUCCAAGCUGCCAAAGGUAAUAUCCUAACCUCUAUGUCAAGCUGUAUCAGACGCAGUAAGAACCAGUUCGGGAACAAGAGGAUUGGAUAAAAUGAUCUUAGAUGCCAAAGGUCAGGUACUCAUUUCAAAUGAUGGAGCCACCAUACUCAAAUAGAUGGAUUUGGUACAUCCCACUCCAAAAAUAGUAUUCCAUUCAAUAUUACAAAACCUAGUUGAAAUUUAUCAUGCUUAAGAUGUUGAGGCUGGAGAUGGCACUACUUCAGUUAUAGUAUUCGCAGGAGCCUUAUUGAAAUCAUGUGAAAUGCUUUUAGAGAAGGGAAUACAUCCAACCACUAUUUCAGAGGGAUUCCAGUAUGCCUAAGAAAAUGCUUUAAAAGCUUUGGAUGAAUUGAAAAAACAAGUUGAUCUAGAAGAUAAAUAAUAAUUGAUUGAGCGUGUUUAAACAGCAUUACCAUCAAAAGUGGUUUCAUCCAAUAGUGAAUAAUUGGUUCCACUUGCUGUUGACGCAGUCUUGAGAAUUGUUAACCCUCUUAAGUCUAAUAAUGUUGAACUUAAAGAUAUCAUAAUAGUCAAAAAAUUAGGAGGCACAAUUGAUGACACUGAAUUAGUUGAAGGAAUUGUAUUCUCUAAUUAAAAAGCAAGUUAAACAGCCGAGGGACCUUAAAAAAUAGAAAAUGCUAAAGUGGCACUGUUGUAAUUCUAUUUAUCUGCACCUAAAACGAAUGUUGAGAAUUCAAUUGCCAUUAAAGAUUAUACAGAAAUGGAUAAAAUUUUGAAGGAUGAUAGAAAAUAUAUUAUAGACCUAGUUAAAUAGAUUGUAGCAUCAGGCGCAAAUGUAUUAUUGAUUUAAAAAAGUAUUUUAAGAGAUGCUGUCAAUGAUCUUUCAUUGCAUUUCAUAGCAAAAAAAGGUAUUAUGUAUGUGAAAGAUAUUGAAAGAGAGGAUGUAGAAUUUAUAUCUAAGACCUUAUGUUUAGUAACAGUAGCGCAUAUAGAUUAGUUGACUCCUGAAAAUUAGGAACUGCUGGACUUGUUGAAACUAAUGUUGAGAAUUACUGGAGUGCCAGCAUAGUCUAAAGCUUUAAAAAUCUUAGUUAGAGGGUCAAACCAAUUAGAUUUAGAUGAGGCUGACAGAAGCAUUCAUGAUGCCUUGUGUGUUGUUAAAAGUCUUGUUAAAUGUAGAGGUUUGAUUCCAGGAGGAGGAACACCUGAAAUCCACUUAUCCUUAAAAUUGACUCAAAAGGCUAAUACAUUAGCAGGUGCCAGAUCUAUGUCCCUUGAAGUGAUUCCUUACACUCUUGCAGAAAAUGCAGGAUUGAAUCCAAUCAAUGUAGUUACUGAGUUAAGAAAUAGACAUCUUAAAUCUUAAAUAUCCUUUAAUAUAAUAAUUCAGAAUAAUAUUGUUGAUGAUAUUAUAACUGAAUAAAUGGUCUAACCUAUUUUAGUAACAAGAAGUGCUUUGAGUUUGGCUACAGAAUGUAUUAGAAUGAUCCUCAAGAUUGAUGAUCUUGUCAUCCCAGCCCGUUUAUGUUUAACAUAUUUAUAUAUAAUGAUUAAAUGGAUUAAUUGA